CUAAUAUCAAUCUUCGGCAUACUAUAAAGCAAUUACCUAAAUUAAAAUGUUUGAUUUAAAAUAAAUUAAUCACGCUUAUGACAACAAUUUGACAGCAUUUCAAAUUCGAGCUAAGCGCUGCGGGUUAAUUUUUUGCCCAGAACCCGCUAAUUAGCUUAGCCUACUUCAACGAAGCUAAAGAUAAAUGGUCAGCAAAUAUAAAAUAUAAAAAGAUAAAAGAUCCGAGAACUAAGAGGUCAAAAGGUGAGCCAUUGUUCUAAGAUGGUUCAGUCGAGAGGCGAUCGUUGCUCCGAUCGGUUAUAGAAACGUGUUUUAGGAUGAUUGCGAGUUUAUCGGGAAUAGUUCUUAUUGCGAGUCUGUGGAUCCUGCUGGCAGGUGGUCAACCAAACAAUUGGAGUGGCUACUACGUCGACAAUGGCACCCACUAUCUGCUUUACAAGGAUCCACGAAUUGAGCCGCAGACCAUUUUGCCUGGAAAUAUAUCCACUAACCCCGCCAUAAAUGCAUUGGAUGCACAGGACUAUCUGCCCACUCGAAUUGUGAACGGCAAGAAGAUCAAGUGCACCAGAGCCCCAUACCAGUGUGCUCUUCACUACAAUAAUUACUUCAUUUGCGGUUGUGUUAUCCUCAAUCGGCGAUGGAUUCUAACUGCCCAGCAUUGCAAAAUUGGCAAUCCUGGUAGUUAUACCGUGCGAGCGGGAUCAACGCAGCAGAGGAGAGGUGGUCAGCUGGUACAGGUUCAGAAAACUGUGUGCCAUCCGAACUACAGUGAAUACACCAUGAAGAAUGACUUGUGCAUGAUGAAGCUGAAGACUCCAUUGAAACUCGGUCGGUGUGUCCAGAAGGUGAAGCUGCCCUCCACAAAAACCAAGCGAUUUCCCAAAUGUUACCUGGCCAGCGGAUGGGGUCUCACCUCAGCCAACGCCCAGAAUGCCCAGCGAUAUCUGCGGGGUGUCAUCGUCUGCAGGGUGAAUCGAGCCAAGUGCCAGCAGGAUUAUCGGGGCACUGGUAUCAAGAUCUACAAGCAAAUGAUCUGCGCCAAGCGAAAGAACCGAGACACUUGCUCCGGAGACUCCGGAGGUCCACUUGUUCAUAAGGGCGUGCUCUACGGAGUAACAUCAUUCGGAAUUGGUUGUGCCAAUGCCAAGUAUCCGGGAGUGUAUGUCAAUGUGCUGCAAUAUACUCGCUGGAUUAAGAAGGUCGCAAAAAAAUAUUAAAUUCUAAU